AUGGUCAAGAAGAAGGUCGACGCGCGCGUGCGGACGCUGCUGGAGAACUGCAUCCACGAGAACUUCCGGUCGUUCGUGGUGCUCGUGGGCGACCACGGCAAGGACCAGGUCAUGAACCUGCACUACAUUCUGUCCAAGGCGGUCGUGAAAGCCCGGCCGCGCGUCCUCUGGUGCUACAAGAAGGAACUGGGCUUCUCCACGCACCGCCAGAAGCGCAUGCGGCAGAUCAAGAAGCAGCAGCAGCGCGGCCUCUACGACCCCAGCAAAGACGACCCGUUCGAGCUCUUUAUUGCGUCGACCGACAUCCGCUGGUGCUACUACAAGGAGACGCACAAAGUACUGGGCAGUACCUACGGCAUGUGCGUGCUGCAGGACUUUGAGGCCGUGACGCCCAAUAUCAUGGCCCGCACGAUCGAGACCGUCGAAGGCGGCGGCGUGGUCGUGCUCUUGCUGCGCACGAUGGACAGUCUCAAGAAGCUCUACACCAUGAGCAUGGACGUCCACGCGCGCUUUCGCACCGAGUCGCAUCAGGAUGUGGUCGCGCGCUUUAACGAGCGCUUUAUCCUCUCGCUGGCUUCGUGCGAGCGAUGCGUUGUGCUCGACGACGAGCUCAAUGUGCUGCCGAUCUCCAAACAUACGCGCAAGAUUGAACCGCUGCCGCCUCGUGAGCCCGCGACUGAGCUCACAAAAGACGAACGAGAGCUGCAAGAGCUCAAGACGUCGCUGCGUGACACGCAGCCGGUGGGUGCGCUGGUCGAGCAGGCACGCACGCUGGACCAGGCCAAAGCUAUUCUCACUUUUGUCGAGGCCGUGUCGGAGAAGACGCUGCGCUCGACGGUCGCACUGACUGCUGGACGCGGGCGGGGAAAGUCGGCAGCGCUGGGAAUGGCAUUGGCGGGAGCUGUUGCCUACGGGUACAGCAAUAUCUUUGUGACGGCCCCGACGCCCGAGAACCUCAAGACGGUGUUUGACUUUGUCUUCAAGGGCUUCGAUGCGCUCAAGUACAAGGAGCACCUUGACUACGAAGUCGUGCAAAGCACGAAUCCAGAGUUCAACCAUGCCGUGAUUCGCGUGAACAUCUUUCGCGAGCACCGUCAGACCAUUCAGUACAUCCAGCCCACGCACCACGAGAAGCUCGCGCAAGCAGAGCUAGUGGCAAUCGAUGAGGCUGCUGCUAUCCCGCUUCCAGUCGUCAAGAAGCUGCUGGGUCCCUACCUCGUGUUCAUGUCGUCGACCAUCAACGGAUACGAAGGCACUGGGCGGUCGCUGUCGCUGAAAUUGCUCCAGAAAUUGCGCGAGCAACAAGGGAGUGCUGGCGAAGCGGCAGCGCGUGCGGCGGCGAACAUCCACGGCAACCAGAAGCGUCGCAAGGGUGAGCAGAAACUGCAUGAAGAACGGUGGCAGGCGGCAAGCAGUGCCGCUCAGGCUGUAGCAGCUGGCAGCGCUUCGUCUUCAGCGCGUGUCCUUCGUGAGGUGUCGCUGGAGACACCGAUUCGGUAUGCGCCGAAUGAUCCUGUUGAGCGCUGGCUGAACGCUCUGUUGUGCUUGGACGUGACGAACGCGUCGCAUCGGCUUGUAGCAGGCACGCCGCAUCCGCGCGAUUGUGAGCUGUUCUACGUGAACCGCGACUCGCUGUUCUCGUACCACAAGCUCUCGGAAAGCUUCUUGCAGCGUAUCAUGACGCUGUACGUGUCGUCGCACUACAAGAACCAGCCGAAUGACCUGCAGCUGCUGUCAGAUGCACCGGCCCAUCACGUGUUUGCGUUGCUCGGCCCAGGCGCGGAAGCCCAGGGCAAUGCUGGCCAACUGCCGGACGUCCUCUGUGUUGUGCAGGUGGCUCUGGAAGGAGAGAUAUCCAAAGCUUCCGUGAAGGCGCAGCUCGCGCGCGGCCAACGUGCUUCGGGAGACCUCAUUCCGUGGACGGUUGCACAACAGUUCCAAGAUACAGAGUUUGCUGCUCUCUCAGGUGCGCGCGUGGUGCGCAUUGCCACUCAUCCGGACGUCACUGGCAUGGGCUACGGCUCGCGAGCGAUCGAGUUGCUUGCAAAGUACUACCAGGGUGAAAUCACGACGGACGUAGCUGGCACGGGGUCGGACGAAAAGGCGGCGACGCAGGACGACGAACGGGACGAGGAGGAUGCCGACGAAGAUGAGGCGGACAAGAAGCUUAAGCUUCGCAAGGAGAAGAUCAAGCCACGAAAGACACUUCCGCCUCUUCUGUUGCCGCUGGAAGAGCGUCCAUGUGAGCGCCUGCACUGGUUCGGAACGUCGUUUGGGCUGACGUUACCACUGCACAACUUUUGGUCCCGCGCAAAGUUUCGCUCCGUGUACAUCCGACAAACAGCCAACGACCUCACGGGUGAGCACACGGCCAUUUUGCUGCGGUCGUUGCGCUGCGAUGACCUCCCUGCGUCUCCUGCAGACGGCUGGCUCGACGAAUUCGUGGCCGACUCGCGCCGUCGAUUCACCUCGCUGCUUGGCUACGACUUUGCAACGUUUCCAUGCGCGCUUGCGCUUGGCCUGCUGAGUGACGAGGCGGUCAGUUCCGUACCCAGCAGCUCGAGCGAGGCGAAGCAGGUCGCUUUGCACCGUGGCGCUACGGGUGAGAUCAGCCCUGCAGAGCUCGCCAUGGUGCUGACGCCGUACGAUGCGAAACGCCUCAAGUCGUACGCGAAGAACAUGGUCGAUUACCACAUGAUCGUGGACCUGGUGCCGUCGUUGGCGCGGCUGUACUUCCUGCAGCGUCUUCCGCAGAUGUCACUGUCGUAUCUGCAGCGUGCGAUUCUCGUGAGUCUUGGACUGCAGCAUCAGUCCGUGGACGUGAUUCAGCAGGAGCUGAACAUCCCGUCGAACCAGCUCCUGGCGCUGUUUAACAAGGCUGUGCGGAAGUUCCUGGGUCAGAUUGAGCAGCUCAUGGAGAAACAACUGCAGCACGAGAGCGAGCACAGCAAGAAGCUGGCACAGGUGGUCGCGCAGGCCCAAGCCAUGGCACCAACGGAGACGACGCUGGACGAGGAAAUGCGUCAAGGCGCACACGACGAAAAAGCCAAAGAGCAGCAGAAGCUGCUCGAUAGUCUCAACUUGAUGAAGUACGCGGUGCGCGGUGACGAGGCCGACUGGGACUCUGCACUUGCUCAGGCCGAGAACGGCGGAGCUGUGGUGCAGGUGAAGAGCAAGAAGGCGACAAAGUUAAACCAGAAGGGGGUGAGCGACAACGACGCGGACACACAGAAGGAGCACAAGCACAAGAAGCGCUCGGCGGAUAGCGGCGAUAGCGACCCCAAGAAGAGCAAAAAGAAGACAAAGAAGAGCAAAAAAUAUGCCAACCUUAGCUAG